AUGUUUCUUGAUGGCGAUGACGAUUUGCCCGAGCCCUGCGCCCCUGACAACGCACUGUCACAAGAAUCGCGUCUGCUUCGACUAGAGGAGGAGCUUGCGUGGUUGAAGAGGCACCACUUCGGUGCUCAGGGAAGUAGGCGAAGGUCGCCGUCGCCGCCGCCGCCGCAACAACCACAUCAACAACAUCUGGAUCAAGAGAGAAACUCUGUACCUGCAAGGGAGUAUGAAGAUGAACUGGAGCGUUCUGCCAUGUGUGACUCAACCGUUAACGCAGUUCCUAACCGUUGGGACGAGGAACGUGAAGAUAAGGCGCACUAUGAACUUCGACGACUCGUGUCUCAUCUCUCGCCAGAGUUUUCUUGCUCUGAGCGUGACGCGGUGUUGCUUGUCUCUGCAAUUCGAGGUGGCUCCAUCGCCGGCGGGGUGGAGUCGCGGGAGGACCGACUUGCAUUAUUGGAGUCGGAGAGGCGAGCUGCGCAAAACAAGCUGGAACGGAAAAGUCAGGAAUGUGAGGAUCUUAAAGACUCUGUCGCGGAUUUGCGGCAGAGACUUCGAACGACGCAACAGGAGGCACAUGCGUCGGCUACUCUGUUGUCCCAACGCCGUGAAGAGGUACGCAAGCAACUCCUGCUUGAGGAGUCACGGACGCAAAAACUUCAGGUUCGAAAUGGGAAGUUGGAGAUGGAAGUGGAGCGGCUAAAGGAUAUGCUGCACUCUCGCAUGCGUUAG